ACAACUAAAAAAAUGGUAUCAAAUUGGCUUUCAAAAGCAUCAACGGCAUUCAUUUGCUCAUUGGCAAUCUCUUCAAGCGUUGCUUUUGCUCGUCCUUCUCAACAAUCCGUCGUACAAACAGAAGACGCAGAACAAUUGCACUUUGAUGGUUUAGGCAAUUUGGUUUGGCCAUCCUCUGAAAAAGUUGCAGAUGCAAAGUCAUUGUUUGACAAUAUUCAAUCAAACAUCGGCUUAGAAGCUGAACAAAGAUGGGCUCAAGCUAAAUUGGCCGCCGAACAUGUUGGUGAAAACAUCUUGGCAGGUGCUGAACAUAUCAUCGAUGAAUUCGAUGUUGCUUAUCAAUUGACAAAAGAUAAGGCAAAAGCUAUCAAAGAUCGCGUUCAUCGUAUGGGAGAAGAUGUUUUGCACGAAACGUCUGUAGUCAUCGAUGGCUUGAAAUACCAAAAAUUGGUUCACCCCGCUUUCCCUGAAUAUGCAUUGCGCAUCAAUCAACAAAGUCAAACAGCUUCAUGUGAUCCAGACGUGCAAUCUUACUCUGGUUAUCUCGACAUCGGUCAUGACAAGCACCUUUGGUUCGCAUUCUUUGAAUCUCGUUCCCGCAAGUUCGCAGCAGACAAGACCAAGGAACCUAUCGUCAUGUGGCUCAACGGUGGCCCAGGUUGCUCAUCGACAACCGGAUGGCUGAUGGAAGGUGUUGGACCAUGCACGAUCGCCAACAACGGUACCGCUGUCAAGUCGAACAAGUUCAGUUGGACAAACAAGGCAUCCGUCUUCUUCCUCGAUCAACCGGUCAAUGUAGGAUACUCUUACAGUGACUCAGGAAGUGUCAACAACACACCCGACAGUGCUUCAGAUGUAUACGCAUUCCUCAACAUGUUCUUUGCCAAAUUCCAAGAGUAUGCUGAUUCACCAUUCAGCGUUGCCGCAGAAAGUUAUGGAGGACGAUAUGCACCUCUAAUCGCUUCCAAAAUUUUCAAAGAGAACAAGGAACGCAAAGAAGAAGCUCAACGAUACGGAUUGCAAGCUCCCAAGACCAUCAACUUGGAGAGCAUCAUGAUCGGUAACGGUUUGACUGACCCUAAAGUGCAAUUCGCUACGGUGUAUGACUUUGCAUGUGAAUCUGAGCAAGCAAUCUUUAAACCUGACAGCGAAGAAUGCCAAACAAUCAGAUCAAAAGCUCCAACUUGCACAAGCUUGAUUGACAAUUGCUACAAAUACAACUCUCGUUUGACAUGCUUGCCCGCAGGAUUGUACUGCUGGAGUGGAAUGUUCUCCGGUUUGCAAAACUCUGGACGCAACUUGUACGACGUCCGUAAGAAGUGCGACCGAUCUCCCGAAAAGGAUGGUCCAUUGUGCUACCGUGACGAAUCAUACGUUGAAACCUACUUGAACCAACCUGAUGUGAAGAAAUCUUUCGGUGUGCCCGAACAAGUAGAAUUCCAAGCAUGCAACAUGAACGUCAAUCAAGCAUUCUUGUUUAACGGAGACGGUUCGCAUAACUCUGCCGAAGUUUUGCCUGAACUUUUGGAAAGCGGAAUUCGUGUUUUGGUUUAUGCGGGUGUUUGGGAUAGUAUGUGCAAUUAUAUCGGAAACGUUGGUGAAAAAUCUUGGGCACUUUCAUUGGAAAGCGUUUAUCAAGAUGAAUUAACCAAAGCAAAAACUAUCGAUUGGAACGUGAAAGGAAAAUCUGCCGGAAAAGUUCGUAAAGCCGGUAAAGGUGCAGGUUCUUUAACUUUGGUUCACGUUUAUGGUGCAGGUCAUAUGGUUCCAUAUGAUCAACCAGAAAAUGCUGAAUUCAUGAUCGAAUCUUGGCUCAACAACAAGGCUAUUGCAUAAUAGAUCCUUUCACAUAUUUUUUAUUUACAUGCCACUAUUUUUCAACUCUUCUCAAUUCAUGUUUCGUAAUCAUGUCAUUAAUUUCCAAUGCCAGUUUAAGUUAUUUGCAAGCCAGAUUUCAAGCCCAUAAG